ACUAGCGCGCAACGGCACGGAGCAGACGUUUGUUCGUAAUCGAUCGUUCAGAUUUGAUCUUGAAUCUGCUUAGACGAGAUUAAGUUGCACUCAGCUAGACAUAAUGUGCGUUACGUUCGUACGAUUCUUGUUACUCUUUGGUUUGCUUGGUGCAGUUUCGCAAACGAAUGGUGAAGAAAGACGUUUGACUUGUGGUAGACGUAGAGUGAAAUCGGUUUACCUCAUCCAUAAUGGCAUCGAUGCUAAGGCAGGCCAUUGGCCAUGGCAUGCAACCGUAUCGCAUCAAAAGGUCGGAAGACUUGAUUAUGCCUGUGGAGGAGCCGUUCUUGAUGAGAAUACUGUACUCACAGCGGCUCACUGCGUACACACAGAAAGAGGGCUAUUGGCAGCAAAACGAAUAUUGGUACACGUGGGACGCAUCCAGCUAAGAGAAGAAAGCGAAUUCACAAAGAUUCACACUGUGCAGGAGGUAAUAGUGCAUCCUAGGUUUAGUAGAAGCAGCUCCAUGAAUGACAUUGCUGUACUAAAGCUGUCCACUAACAUUACGAUGACGAAAUACGUACAGCCCGUAUGUCUGUGGACGAUGGACAGCAAUCAGGAGCUAAUCGUAGGCAGAAACGGAACCGUCGUUGGAUUCGGCUUAAACGAACGCGAUGUUGUAUCGAACCAGCUGAAGCAAGCACUGAUCGGUGUGGUGGAUCCGUUAACAUGUAUCGCAAGCGAUCGUGCCGUGUUCGGAACGCAUCUGACGUCGGAUAUGUACUGCGGCAAAGGACAAACCGGUGUGAGUGCCUGCAACGGCGAUAGUGGUGGUGGUAUGUUUUUCGAAGUCGGUGGCAAAUGGUUCGUACGUGGCUUGGUGUCGUUUACACCGCUGCGUGGUAAUACCGGCCUAUGCGAUCCGCUGAAGUACACCGUGUACACCGAUGUGGCAAAGUAUCUCGAGUGGAUUGUACAGUACGUAGACCCGCAGGUACUGUCGUUCGAGUCAGAUGUGCUGGAGGUAGACUAUGAGGAAAAGUUGCGGCUGUUUAACUUCAACACCUGCGGCGUAAAAUCGUCUACCUUUGUUGAGGAUGGUACCAACUGGACCUUACCAUGGCUUGGAUUUGUUCGAGCAAGGAAGGAAUUCAAAUCGAGAUGUGUAGUAACGCUUAUCAGCGAAUGGUAUGCCGUUGGUCCGGCGUUUUGCUUCGAAAACGAUGGUGUCGAGGCAUUUGUUUUAGUAGGAAACGGGAAAGAUAAUCCAUCGUCCGAAUGUUUCGAUCGCAAUGGAACGACACGAUGUACCGAGCCAACGCAAACGUUACGCAUCCAGCGCGUUAUCAUUCAUCCACAGUUUGGAACGCACAGUUCGGCGGAUAAUAUCGCAUUGAUUGAGUUUCUUAACCCAGCAGACAUCACGCAACCGAACGUACAGCCCAUCUGUUUGCCGGUAACGUCCGAGCUGCGGCCAAACCCCAAGAUCAAUUUGCAUGUGGCGUACAUCUCAAUUGCAAAUGGUGCCUAUAAAAAUGUACCUGUCACCUUGCUCGAUUCCGCCGAUUGUAUGAGACAGUACGCCGAUCGCAACAUAACGCUGCAAUUGCUGGACAAACGAAUUUGCGCCAAAAUAUCCAACGCACUAGACUUGCAGGAUUGUGAUCAACUGAUCGCAGGAUCACCGCUGCAGGAAAGAAUAAUGCUGCGUACUAAGGAACGAUACUUUCUGCGGGGAUUCGAACUGUUUGGUGCUGCCUGUUAUUCACAGGCACCGCCCGUUUAUAACAACAUCGAACCAUACGUGGACUGGAUAUUGUACAAUAUGAGAUAUAAUGAACCGGACACUGUGGAUGUAGAAGUUAAGCACUCCACCAACUCCUCUUUAACAUCGCAAUGGUUACAGCUACAGCAAGAACCGGGAAACGAGAAGCUACGCUUAUUUAACAUGAGCUCUUGUGGUGUAACUGUUAGUCGAAUGGAACGCAUAGGAAAUAUCGUAAUCUUUCCCUGGCUGGCGAUAAUUGUCGGAGCAGAGGAUCUAGAGGGUAAAAAUGUUGGAGUGACCGGUAUAGGGGUUCUAAUCAAUGAAUGGUACAUCCUGACAAGCGCAAGUGCUAUGCUUCAAAAAAAAUCCUGGCGUUCAGUUGCUUUCGGAUUGUACAAUUCGAUACUUCAGGCCCAAUGUGUGGGUGAUGAUUGUCUCGCGUAUCACGAAGCAUCCAUCAAAAGCAUUACCAUUCAUCCGGCCUACAGUAAAGACCCGCGCAAUCAUAAUAUUGCACUGAUUGAGCUUGAACUACCGGCUAACUUUACCAAGUCUCACAUUAGCCCUAUAUGUUUGCCAUUUCUUCGCGAUCUUCACAAAAGUAAGCCACUAAAUUUGGUAGUGUCGUCGGACGAGGAGAUAGACAUAAGACACAAGCGAUUAACCGAGCUGAACGCAACGGUCUGUCAACGGCAAUUGGCUCAGGAGGGUUUUCUUACCUCCGCAAAAACCGUCCCCUGGUGUGCCGUGGAUUCUAAUCAACGGGGACAAGCACAGCUAGAGUUAAAUGGUGGUGCUCCACUGCAAGCAUUGCUGCAGUUCGAUGAACAAACACUCUAUUUUCUGCGUGGUAUCAACUUGCGCAAUCACCUGCCCAAUGAGCUGCCAUACUUACCGGAACUCUUCACGAAUGUCGAUCGUUUCCUCGACUGGAUACUGGAUAGCAUGAAGGUUAAAGAACUCAACGUAACGUUUCCAUACCCGACGGAGCGUGCAAAGUCUAGGCGUGUGAAUGUGCUGCCAAUACGGAACACAUCCAAGCGAACGCAGGUUAACUUUAGCAACUGUGGAAUCAUCCCAACUACGCAGAACGUUACCUUCAUUCCAUGGAUGGGGUAUUUGUCUUCAAAUGAAAUUUUUCUUAAUGCAAGCAAAGACUCCAGAUGUGCGGUCACAUUAAUCAACGAAUGGUAUGCCGUCGGUCUAGCGUUCUGUUUUCCUAGUAGUAGUAGUAGCAGCAGCAAGAACUAUUCUGUACUAUUUGGAGUUAACAGUGUUGAAACACCGAUGGAAUGUACUGAAACCGAUGGGUCCAACUCAUGCCUUUAUCCUACACAACAAAUUCCAGUAGACAAGAUCAUCAUCCAUCCGCAUUACAAUAGUUCCAGCUAUUAUGGCGACAUAGCGUUGGUAAAGCUGGCAAGUCCCGUCGAUACAUCACAACCGAAUGUGAAACCUAUCUGUUUGCCCCUGUUGGAUGAAAUCCGCAGCUAUAAUACAUCCAGUUUGGUUGCGGUUUCGGAAAAUGAACCGGGUUCCCUCUAUCUAAUAAGUCGCAUAGAUGGCAGAGACAUUAAUUCCACCGAGUGUCAGAAACGUUGGGAUGAUAUACUCAUCCAGUACGCCAUAGAAAAUGGUAAAAUAUGUAUUAUGCUGGAAAUAGCACCGAAUAACGAAUGUUACGAUUUGUUGCGUGGCUCAUCUUUGCACACGAUUCAACGGAUCAAUUCGGCAGAUAGACAUUUUCUGCGCGGUAUUCAGCAGUUUAAACCUAAAAUGUGCACCCUACAUAUCCCGGUAGUGUAUGUAGAGACGGAUCUUUAUCUGGACUGGAUAUUGGAUAAUAUGGAAGAUAGCAGCUAUCCUCUCGGAUUGUCAUACGAUUUGAGAAAACAACUGAUUUUCGCCUCGAAAUGAUGUACGAUCAGUUGUUGUACUAUUACUUUUCCGGUAAGAUUAAACUAUUCUCUCAAAUAAAUAUUAACAAAAUGGAACUUUACAU